GUCUUGGUUGUUGUCUGCUGUCUGCUAUUUGCUGUCUGCUAUUUGCCGUCUGCUGUUGGUUGUACACCAAGUACACUACAUCAACCAGUGCACUAAGCCGACCAGAUCUAUAUUCCACUGGAUUAGCAAUCUGUUAGUUGAAAGGGGCGUCACAUUUGUUAAUACCUGGAGAGACUGUGUCAUGUUUCAUGCCGUUAAUAAUUUGACGUGAAUUUUUUUUUGUGUCAGGUGGUUGGUCUACCUUCGUGGCAGACGAUAUCACGGUAGCAGGCGUGGGUGUCAUAUGCACACUGAUACAGCUGCACUGUCAAUUUGACAUCAUUUAGCUUUGGUUUCAAGAAGCAUCUGCGACAUUCUGUUAACUGUUGUUGAGUACCUAAGUGUCUAGCCUACACUGUAGAGAUUGUGUGUAUUUAAAUAUUCCAAGUUUCCUGCUGCAAUCGUGAAUUGAAAUUUAUCAUUCUAAUUAAAAGUGUUGCACAGAAAAUGUCCUUAAGGACAAGAUAGGACCGUGUAGCAAGAAAGUCAGGGUGUGAUUGGCUAUCUUAAACCUGGUGUCGUCUGCCUUCUUUAUCGUCCGGCGAUACUCGAGCCGGAAUGAUCUGCGGCAGAAACGCGGCCUGCUGAUAGUGAUAUGGACAACUUCAAAACGGUGAUAUGUUCGACGCCUUUGUUGAUCAUCUGCUUCAAGCACUCUCGUGUCGUCUGCGCGGCUUCACUCGUCACCGGAAGUUGACUCGGGCCGGCUAUAUUUAGACCAGUCGUGUCAAGAGCCGGGACUGCUAUGGAGGCGAAUGAUGGCGUCACACCAGGCCUGUACUCCCUCUCAGUUCUCUGCCUGAUGCUGCUCUGUGCCAGGGUGGGGUGGGUGGAGGCGCUGACACCCCGGGGCUUCCACCCCAGUCAGGUGCUGACGCCCGUCUCCUCCCUGUCGUCGGUGCCAGAGAAAGAUCUGGUCGUCUGGUCCAGCCCGCCGGAGGAGGUGAAGGAAGAUGAGGUGAUGUUCCACUUCUACCGUAACGGCCGCAGCAAGCAUGACUACAACAAGCCCUCCACCCAGUUCAUGCUAACCCUCUUCAAGGAACUUCAGUCCAAACGGAAAUUAUUUCUCAGCCAGUCGGAGACCCCCGUCACCGACACGAUUCGGUGUUUUUCCGGCAAACAUUCCUGGACCAAGAAGAAAGGCAAGCCCGUGGCAGAGUUCCAGAUCCCCUCCCUGCCGUUACAAGAGAAGCUCAGGACGGCGGAGAUUCGCUUCUUCAGGCACGACCAAACCAGCGUCAGGCACGACCAAACCAGCGUCAGGCCGCGCGAGAUGAAGCUCCGCGUCAGCGUCAGACAGAACGGCAAGCUGCUGCAGAAAGUCGUGGUCCGGGAGCGCUGCGUUAGACAGAGUCAGUACGACAUUUUGGACGUGACUCGACUCGUUCACCCGUGGGUGAGUAGCCAGCACGGGAACAUCAGCCUCAGCUUUCGGGUGAGCAGCCGACUUGAGAGGUUGAUGUCGCUCAAUGCGGGCCCGGACCGUGCCAUCAUCGUUCUGUAUCUGGAGGACAGCGAGUUUCUCGCACAUAUGUACUCCAGCUUCACGGAGAAAGAUGGUAGAAAAGACAAUUUAUCUGCGCAUUUUUCCACCAAAGCGAGGAAAAAAAGAUCGGCGACCAAAUCUCCCGCUACACCGCUAGCAGGUCAAAGUUCACCGCGCAGGCGCUGGUCGCGUCCAGGGAAAAAAGAAAACUGCCAGUUACAUAACUUUGACGUCGACUUCAACACCAUAGGGUGGGGUCAGUGGAUAAUUCACCCCAAAAAAUUUAACGCCCGAUUUUGUUUCGGGACUUGUCCGUCUCCCGUGGACCCCAAACACAAGUCGACGAACCACGCCAUGCUGCAGGCGCUGAUGCGCAUGAAGAAGCCCAACAUAGCGCCCGUACCGUGCUGUGUACCGACCAAGCUGAGUCCGCUCAGCAUGAUGUACUUUGAGUAUAACGAGAUCGUGGUCAGGCACCAUGAAGACAUGAUAGCCGAGGAAUGUGGCUGCAGGUAAAGUUUGGCCAACUUUAGACAUUUUUUAAAAACUGGAAUCUUCGAUCGAAUAAAAUUAAUGAUAUUUUAAAAGGCAACUAACUAAAGAUGAUAAUCUAUGCAACUGUGCCUGUGUUGUCUCGCAUAAUUAAUUAAUUA